GGCACACUUGCCAAAGACUACUUGCACACAUACAAGCACGAUGAUUUCGACACAUUCUUCCAAGGCUAAGAUAUCUUCACAAUUAGCUCCCAUUUGCACCCCAUCGCAAAACGUGUCUGAAGAACCACCUAAGGCACCAAUUCUAGCUGCGAACGAACACACGCUAAAAGCCAACACAUCUUCACAAUCUUCACUCGCGAUCACAACCACAAAACUCAAAACACGAUCGAGUGGGCCAUCUUCAGAGAGCGGAUGUCGCAAGACACCACGGUUAAAACCUUCUUCUUUGCCAAUCGAGGACGUAGAGCAGGAAACUCCACCAAGUGCUUCCCAACCCUCAGUUGCCCCUAGUUCUCCGCUUACCGCCAUUGAGAGACCGGCCCACAUUUUCACGAUGCAAUCCGAGCUACAAAAUCGAGAAGUGCUGUUCAGACAAAUCUUGAAGGACAGUAUUGUUUCUGCGAAAACCGCUGAGAGUAUCACUCUACGUGCCACAAUCGCACAGGAAGUCAAGGCAAGCGUCCAAGGCCUCUUAGCAGCCGAGGAAAGGGACCCAAAGCGUACUCUCACGAUUGUCAGGUCGCGGAGCAGAAGUUACUGGAGCAGUAUUCACGAAGAGAUUUAUCGCAGCGGCUCUGAAGACAAGACAGUUACGGAUCACAUCAAGAAUAUCGCAGAACGCGAAGCCAUCCAUCAGCUGUACUCACUGAGGGACAUUGAACGUAUACUCUUCUAUUAG